CUAUAGCUAACAAAUAAAAUAAUUUUACGGAGUGCAUACAUAGGUGAUUAUAUAUAAAGUAGUCUGAAUAAAAGACUUUUGGAAAAUAUAGCCGGUAUUUUUUUAUUUCUAUUCUACAUAAACGAGCCAAUAUUUUUAACUGAAUAAAGAUGGUUGAUUACAGUAAAUGGAAAGAUAUCGAAAUUUCAGAUGAUGAAGAUGAUACUCAUCCCAAUAUUGAUACACCAUCAUUAUUUCGAUGGCGACAUCAAGCAAGGCUUGAAAGAAUGGAAGAAAGAGAAAAGGAAAAACAAGAACAUAUUAGAAAAAAACAAGAAACUGCAAGAAAAUUGAAAGAGACCAAGGAAAAAGUUGCUGAAUUAGAAAGUAAAAAUAUAAGUACACCGGAUUUAGAAACAUUACAGAAAGCAUUGUAUGAUCUAGAAAAACAAGAGGAAAACAUAAAAAAGGAAGAAGAAGAUCUCAAGAAAAAAGAUAAGCUUACACCUUGGAAUGUUGAUACCAUUGCUCAAGAUGGUUUUACAAAAACUAUUAUAAAUACAAAACUAGCAAGGAGAGAAGAUGAUUCUUCUUUACCAGAUGAUGAAAAGGAAAAACGAAUGAAACAAUUUGUAAAGGACAAUGAGAAGAAAAUAAAAAAAUAUGGAAUGUUAAGAAGAUAUGAUGAUAGUAAUGUGUAUUUACAAGAAAAUUUAGAUUUAGUUUGCGAAAAUACAGCGAAUUAUUUAGUUAUUUGGUGUAUAAAUCUAGAAAUGGAAGAAAAACACAAUUUCAUGGAACAUGUAGCUCAUCAAUGCAUAUGUAUGCAAUAUAUUUUAGAACUUUCAAAACAAUUUGAUGUUGACCCACGAGCAUGUGUAGGUUCAUUCUUUAGUCGCAUUCAAAUAGCUGAUGUUGAAUAUAAAAAUUCAUUUGAUGAUGAAUUAAGAUCAUUUAAAGAACGAAUUCGUAAAAGAGCAGCUGAAAAAAUUGCAGAAGCUAUUAAAGAGGUGGAAGAAGAAGAAAAAAAAGCUCGUUUAGGACCAGGAGGUCUAGAUCCAGUUGAGGUGUUUGAUAGUCUCCCAGAGCCUUUGCAAAAAUGUUUUGAAGCUCAGGAUAUACCUUUAUUGCAAGAAACAAUUGCAGUAAUGCCGGAAGAGGAAGCACGAUAUCAUAUUAAGAGAUGCAUUGAUAGUGGCCUUUGGGUACCUGAUGCUAAAACCAAAGAAAAAGAUACAAUGUUAGAUGUAACUGAAGAAAAACUAUCUGACACUCCUAAUCCUGAAUAGUUUUGAUUAAAUAUAUUAAAUGACUUCAGUCUCAGACAUAAGUAAUUUAUAAAAUAUUUUUUCAGUUAACUUGUAACAAAUUAUAUUAAAAUGAAAUAACUGUGCUUGCGUUUUCUAAAUUCUGCAUUAUUAUUUGUUACAUGAAACUUUACAGUUCGUAACUGUUGUUUAUGCGUAAAUAAAUAUCAAGACUGAAAGCACA